GAAUUUAUACAAUUUAACGUUGAUAUAUAUAUAAAUUUUAAUAUUGGCAGUAUUGAUGUGAAAUGUACGGAGAGGGGUUUCUUUAGUUCGUUGCCGCGUUUAUAUUAAAAAUGAACAGAUUCAGUCCAGAACAGUUUUAUGGUAAAAAUAUGGGUACAUUAAAACCCAUUGAUAGUAGAAAGGAAUACAAAAACGAAUUAAGCAUAAAUUACUUAAGGAAAAUGCCUGAUCAUAUUUUGGGUCCAUCACAGUUUUGGGCUGAAUUUUAUAAACAAGCAGAAGCACUUGCUAUAGCUAAUAAAAAUUCUAAUGAUAAUGAAAUGCUCUGUACAUUUGUAUAUCAACAGAAUGAUGGAGUUAGAAAAUUUGUAGUAGCUCAUCCCGAAGUUUAUUGGUGGUAUUAUAAAGAUAGACCUCCUGAAUCAAGAUGUUCUUAUGAGGUUAUACCAGAAGGAGCUCCAUGUUGGUUAUAUGUAGAUUUAGAAUUUCUAUUUGAAUUGAAUCCUAAUAAUAAUGGCUCACGUAUGACUAACACACUCAUUGAUAUUUUGUGUGCAUUUAUGUUAAAAGAAUGGCAUCUACCGUGCAAUAAAUCUAAUAUUAUUAAUUUGGAUUCUACAAAUAAUGAAAAGUUUAGCAGACAUUUAAUAUUUGCUAUUAAGGACGUAGCUUUUAAAAAUAAUUCUCAUGUAGGAAAAUUUAUGAAAUAUGUUUGUAUGGAAAUAACAAAUUAUUUAAAUAGCACAGAAACACAUCAUGACAUUUUAAGUACUUUUUCCAAAAUUCAUAUUGAAGAAUUAAUAAUUAACAUGAAAAAUGGAAGAAAAUUGUUUAUUGACGUUGGGGUUUAUACAAAAAAUAGACAUUUUCGAAUAUACAAAUCCACUAAAUGGGGUAAACAGUCUCAUUUGGAAAUUUCAUCUGAUUGUAAAUUUAUAUUACCAAAAAUGUACAAGGAACCAGAAUUGGAAUAUUUUAUCAAUUCUUUGAUUGCUUAUUUUCCAAAAAAAAAGGAUAUAAUUUUACUUGAAUUUUCCAAUGAUGAGGCACAGGUCAUAAGACACUCUAACAAAGAACAAAGGCAAUGGAUAAACAAUGUAACAAACUAUAAUACAUCAUCACAGUAUCCUGAAAUUGAUAAAUAUAUAUUAGAUAUCAUUAAACCAGGAAAAAUACGUCUAUGUAAAUAUAACGAGCAAUUGAAGACAUUAAUUUAUGAAAUCAUUGGUUACAGGUAUUGUGAAAACAUAGGAAGAUGGCACAAAAGUAAUAAUAUCUAUUUGAUAGUUGACAUAACUAAACAAGUUAUAUAUCAGAAAUGUCACGAUGAAGAGUGUUCUGAUUUUUUAUCUUCUCCAAAAAAGCUACCGGAAGAAAUCAAUUUUCAAUUGGAUUUAGAUGACGAAGUAUUUAUUUCUUGUGCUAUGUUAGCAGAAGAAGCAUGCUUUAAUGACGAAAGUUUUACUGAAAUAACAAGCAUAUGAUUAACGGAUAAAAAUAUAUUGCAUUUUAAAAAUAUUUUUCCAGUAUAUAUGAAUACAAAAAUCAACAUUUGUUUGUUAUAUAUAAUUUUUCAUUCUAAUGUUACUGAGGUAUUAGCAGGUACUAAAGCAAUAAUACUGCCAUAUGAGAUAUCAUUUGGUCUUUCGUAUAUA